AUGAAGGGAAACUCCACAUUUAUUUACAAGAUCUUUCUUGACUUGGGGUCUGAUGUCCUGAAAGCUGCAUUUGAGGGUUUCAACCAUACAGUCUAUGGUUUCAACGACUGUGUGUUUGCCUAUCGCCAAACAGGCUCAGGAAAAUCCUACACCAUGAUGGGUCACGCAAACAACAAAGGUUUAAUCCCACAGAUCUGUGAGGGCUUGUUCAGUGAGAUAUCUCGUAGAGCCAAGAGUGAUGCCGUGUCCUUCCGUACAGAGGUCAGUUAUUUGGAGAUCUAUAAUGAAUGUGUGCAGGACCUUCUCAUCAAGAAAACUAUACCGACAUACAGUGGAGGCUUGAGAGUGAGAGAGCACCCCAGGGAUGGACCCUAUGUUGUAGAUCUGUCCCAGCACUUGGUUCACAAUCACAAUGACAUGGAGGACCUGAUAAAUCUCGGCAAUGCCAACCGCACCACAGCCAGCACCGGCAAGAACGGCACGAGCAGCUGCUCCCACGGCAUCUUCACCAUCAGGUUCACCCAGUGUUAUUUCAUGCCACAAGCGUGGUUUGAUGCGGAGGUGCCCCAUGAGACGCUGAGUAAUUUCCACCUGGUGGACCUGGCAGGCAGCAAGAGAGCAGACUUCAGGCUGAAGGAUAGCGCCAACAUCAACAAAUCCCAGGUCAUCCUGGGCAGUGUGAUCUCUGCUCUGGCUGAACUUAGUGUGGGAGUUCGGUCAACAAAAAAGAAUAACUUCAUUCCUUACAGAGACUCUGUGCUGACAUGGCUACUGAAAGACAGCCUGGGUGGAAACUCUGUGACUGCUAUGAUCGCAACCAUCUCCCCCGCCAAUGUGAACUACCUGGAGACGAUGAGCACGUUGCGCUACGCUAGCUGAGCUAAAAACAUAGUGAACUCUCCCACGGUGAACUAAGAUGAAAAGGUGAAGGUGAUCAGAGAGCUGUGGGCAGAGGUUUCCAGACUCUGAGGGCUACUAGAAGAAGCUGAUCAGGUCCUGCAGUUUCCCGUGUGGAACCAUCUUCCUCUGAAGGUAGAGGAGGAGCUGCAUCAGAAUGAGGCGAGGGUCCUAGAACUGAUCAAGGAGUGGACCAGCAAAUGUGGCGAUACUCGCAGUAUUUUGCAGGAGGAGACUGUGGCUCUGAAGAAGAAAGGCAGUGGAGUGCUCCUGGGCUGCCAGUUGCCUCAUCUGAUAGGCAUUGAUGAAGACAUGCUCAGCGGUGGAAUUGCCCUGUAUUAUCUGAAAGAGGGCAGAACGCUGAUUGGGAGUGAAGAAGCCUCAUGCAGUCAGGGUAUUGUGCUUCGUGGUCCUGGGCUUCUCAGUGAACAUUGUGUGUUGGAGAACCGUGCUGGGCCCGUGACUCUGAUCCCGCGGGAUGGUGCGCUGUGUUCAGUCCACGGCUCUGUGGUGAUAUCACCAAAGCUAGGCGGUGGAACUUCACUCCGGUUUAACCAGCCGACUGAAGCUGCCCAGCUCAAAAAGAAACUUCAGAGCGGGCUGCCGUCUGCCUUCAGCUUGCCCUUGACUGACAUGUCCAACUCUACAGAGACUCUGUCCGAGGCUAUGCUGCAGAACCCAGGGAGGAUGGAAGAGAAGCUCAACCAGCGGGAGGUGGAAUGGCAGCAGGUCCAAGAAAACCUGAACAGACGCCACCGGGACAUCAAAAGACUUUCAAAGGAAAACAGUAGGGCUCCCCAUCAAUCGAGAGCAGAAAGAAAGGCAACAUGGGCAGAGAUGGAAGAGACUGGCAACAGCCAGAUGGAAACGCAGUCUGCAGAGACAGCCGCGUCCAUAGUGCCACACAGCUGUCUAACCUCAGCCACAAUAGAAAAGCUCAUCAAUGCAGUCAUACCUGGUAAAGAUCCUGUCCCUAACACCAGUAUUCAGAUGGAUAGAGACACACUACAGGAUGGGAUAAGCACCAGGGAUGGCCGGGAGCAGGAGGGGGACUUGUGUCAUAAAUCAGGGCCGGGGCUCAUGUCUGAGUGGCCACGGAGGAAAGCGAGAGAGGAGGUUUGGUCAGGGGAUGCCAGCCUCCAGCAGACAAGUGUCCUGGGCCCGGGUGAUGGAUGUGGCACGAAGCCAGAGGGGAAUGCUAACAAGAUCAAAGGCGCCGUGGCUGACUGCUACAAGGAGAGACCUGACUCUGGUGGGAGCUCAUUAAGCAGCAUGUCCCACCUGCAGAGCAGCAGAGGAACUCGCUCCACGUCUGUCCUCCCACAGAACAGCACUCAUCCUCAGCUCGACAUAAAGCCCCUCUGCAGUCAGGCAGCCCGCUGUCCGCCUGAGAAAACUAUCUUCGAGGGCCUUUUUGGCUGUGCAGAGAUGGAUGAAUCUGGAGCCAACCCGAGCCCCGCCAUCCUGGUCCUGGCAGAGACCGGCCUCUUCACCCUGACUGCUAACUCCGGGCACCUGGUUAUGUUCCAUCAGGUCCCCUUGGUGCAGCUGAAAGAGGUGCAGAUAGGCUUAGCAGCCCACAGUCAGCGUUUGAUGGGCUCCUCAGAGGAGAGCAUCCUGGGAGUCUACACCCACAGCCAGAACCUUAGCAAAUACCUGUGCUUGGCCAUACUUGGUGUUAUCUGCCCCUGGGACAGAAGGGUGUCUCAGCACCCGCUGCUUCAUGGAGACCCGAUGAUGCUGUCUUUAGACUGGCAGGCUUCUGUACCUGACCUGCUGCUGGAUGCUGGUUUAAAGGUCUGCUGCCAGAUUCAGAAAAGUCUUGCUGAUCUGGUGUACUUUCUCCAUUGUAACAUGGAAGAAGGAACAGUAUCUCUAGGCGAAGUGCAAAUACUGCUGUACACAGGUGUUGGGGUGCGAAUCAGUCCCAAUAACUACACUGAGCCCCUGGCCCAGCUUUUAGUCACUGACACCCAGCGGCAUGGUGCAGGAGGAUGCUGUCUUUUACCCGACUCCACGCUCUGUCAGGACAGAGCCCCACCGUCCCCAAUUCAAUGA